AUGGUGGUUCUUGAUAAGGAAGAAACCGCACCCACCAGUCUCAACAUGUCAUCUAAAAAGGAUCUUCUUUCCACAGCCAUGAAGAGAACCAGCGAGUGGAUUUUCUCACAGGAGAUCCCCAGUGAUGUCACAGUUCAAGUUGGAGGAGUUUCUUUUUCACUGCAUAAGUUUCCAUUGGCCUCUAAGAGUGGUUACAUAAGGAAAGUUGUAUCAGAAUCCAAUGAUGCUGAUCUUUCAGUCAUAGAAAUCCCCAAUGUUCCAGGAGGAGCAGAUUCGUUUGAACUCGCAGCUAAAUUCUGUUAUGGGAUAAAUUUCGAGAUAAGCACCGAAAACAUUGCUAUGCUAAGAUGUGCCGCCGAGUAUCUCGAGAUGACGGAGGAUUAUGCAGUCAGAAACCUUGUGGGAAGAACUGAAGCCUACUUGAAUGAAGUGGCACUUAAGAGCCUAGCAGGAGCUGUUUCUGUGUUACGUAUGUCUCAAAUCCUCCUGCCAAUUGCCGAGGAGGUUAAAUUGGUGAGCCGUUGCAUAGACGCCGUUGCACUUUUAGCUUGCAAAGAGAGUCAGUUUUGUAUGUCUAGCAGGUCUGAUAGUGGCAAUGAUAGUGUCAUUUCUUCGACAAUCACUAGCUCGAAACCUAUUGUCGAUUGGUGGGCUGAAGAUUUAACUGUUCUUCGAAUUGACAUCUUCCAACGGGUUCUGAUUGCGAUGAUAGCAAGAGGUUUUAAACAAUAUGAUCUUGGUCCAGUGCUUAUGCUUUAUGCACAAAAAGCUCUUAGAGGUUUGGAGGUAUUCGGAAAGGGGAGGAAGAAAAUCGAGCCACGACAAGAACAUGAGAAAAGGGUUGUGUUGGAAACCAUAGUGAGUCUUCUGCCUAGAGAGAAAAAUGCAAUGUCCGUAAGCUUUCUAUCCAUGUUGCUUCGUGCAGCAUUAUACCUCGAAACAACUGUUGCUUGUCGAAUCGAUUUGGAGAAAAGGAUGGCCUUGCAAUUAGGGCAGGCUGUUUUAGAUGAUCUCUUGAUUCCUGCAUUUUCUUUUACUGGGGAUACAUUGUUUGAUGUCGACACUGUUCAGCGAAUCUUGACGAACUACAUUGAAUAUGAUGCUGAAGGCAGCCAUUUUGGAUACAAAGAAGAAGAUGAGUACAGUUAUCCUCCACCAAGUGACUUGGAAAGAGUGGGAAAGCUAAUGGAGAGCUACCUAGCUGAACUAGCAUCUGACCGUAAUCUAUCUGUAUCGAAAUUCAUGAGUCUCGCUGAACUCAUUCCAGAACAAUCAAGGGUAACAGAGGAUGGGAUGUACAGAGCCAUAGAUAUCUACCUCAAGGCUCAUCCCACUAUAACCGACUUGGAGAGGAAGAAAGUUUGCAGCUUAAUGGAUUGUCAGAAACUCUCACGGGAGGCUUGUGCUCACGCGGCUCAAAACGACCGUCUUCCAGUCCAGACCGUGGUUCAGGUGCUUUACUACGAGCAGCAACGCCUUCGAGAUGUCAUGAAUGGAAGUGUCUCGAGUGGAGAUUCCCCUGCUGUCAUUUCUUCCAGGGUGAAUUUAUACCCUACUGAUAUCCACCCAGCUUCAGGUGAACUUUCAAGCUUGAAAAGAGAGAAUGAGGAAUUGAAACUAGAGCUAGUGAAAAUGAAAAUGAGAUUGAAAGAAAUAGAGAAAUCAACAUCAGCAAAAUCAGCAGUAAGCAGUCCCAUGGGAAAUUUUACGCCAUCAUCUGAUAAGCCUCCUUUGCCUAGAAAAUCAUUCAUGAAUUCUGUUUCUAAAAAACUAGGGCGACUUUAUCCCUUCGUCCGGGCAGACGGAGUUUCAGGUCCAGGUGGCAAAGGUCGAACAAGACCAGCAAAAAAUAGGAGGCACUCCAUAUCUUGACACUACAUGUUGCUUUGCGUAAAUCAUCAUUACCAUUUUCUGAAGUGUUUAAUGUAUGUGUUACUUAUAAGGCUUGAGCCAACUUGUAGCUCUCAUCUACUUAUUUUUUUCUUCUUCUUUUAUGGGGCACCCUGGUUCUUGGACCCCCUUCCAUGUCUGCUUCUUUUGUAUGAUGUUUCUGUAAAUAGUAUCAUCUUUGUGUUUGAUACCACAUCAUUUAUGGUGAUCAUAGGAGGUGAUAUCAUGGAGGUUUUUGCCGGUC